CCGGUGCCGGCUGCAGGCGGGAAGACAGCGGCGUAAAGGACGCGCACUGGACCGUUUCUUAAACCGUGUCUUUGUCAUGUUCAAAACCCGGAAUAAUCCCUUGAAGUGUGUGUGAGCGUUUUCAGUCGUGAAGAUGCUGACAGACAUGAUUGUUGAGGAGGAAUUUGAGAUCAAGGAGGAGGAACCGUGGUACGACAAGCAAGACCUUGAACAUGACCUGCAGCUGGCAGCCGAGCUCGGGAAGACUCUCCUGGAGAGGAACAGGGAGCUGGAGCAGGGGCUGCAGCAGAUGUACUCCACCAACCAGGAGCAGCUGCAGGAGAUCGAGUACCUGACGAAGCAGGUGGACCUCCUCAGGCAGGUCAACGAUCAGCAUGCUAAAGUGUACGAGCAGCUGGACGUGUCGGCCAGAGAGCUGGAGCAGAGCAACCACAAACUGGUUCUGGACAACCGGACGGCCCAGCAGAAGAUCCAGGGGCUGACAGAAACGGUCGAGCUGCUGCAGACGCAGGUGGAGGAGCUGCAGCAUCAGGUGGAAAAGCUGAAGUUGAGUCCUCCGCCUCAGAGGCCUCCGCACGGAGAGAGGCGGUCGCCCCGCGGCAGUCAGAGCGUGUCCUGCCUGAAAGAGCUGCAGAACACACUCGGGUACGACUACGAUCCUGAUGAACCCUCUGACGACCUCGUGUCCACCGACGUGUCGUGGCGCGAGGAGGAGCAGGCAUCACUGCGACAGUCCCUGCGCACCCUCCAGACUCAGUUUGCCAAGGAGCGUGCUCGGAGGGAGGAGGUGGAGCGAGGGGCGGAGCUGCUCGCCGGCGAGAACGCCUCGCUGGAGCAACGGCUGACGAGGCUGGAGGGAUGUCAGGCCAGAGUGUUUGAGCUGGAGCGUGAGGCUGAAGAGCUUCGUCAGCUCUGGAAAUCAGAGUCCUCUACAAGAUCCUCCAGGCCGGACGUCAUCCACAACCUGCUGCCGGACUCGGUGUUCCUCAACCCGGAGGAGGAGGCGGCUGAGGGGGAUGCGGAUGUGGGCAAAAGCCCCAGGGUGCUGAAGCGCUGGGACAGCGAGCGGCUGAUGAAGGCGCUGCAGAUGCCCGACUCCCCCGACAGGAUCUACGACCAUGAGUGCUCCUGCGUGCGCCGAGCCGAGGUGGUGAAGUAUCGCGGGAUCUCGCUGCUCAACGAGGUCGACGCCCAGUACAGUGCCUUGCAGGUGAAGUACGACGAGCUGCUGCGCCGCUGCCACCUGGGGCCGCAGGAGGACGAGCAGGACGGGCAGAGCCACAAAUCGGUCCAGACCCCGUCCCUCGCCGGUGCUUGUCCUGCUCUGACGGACAUGGAGGACUUUGAGGACGACUUCCACCAGCCGGAGUACAAGGAACUUUUUAGGGAAAUUUUCUCCCGCAUUCGGAAAACCAAAGAGGACCUGAUUGAAAACAGGGGGAGACCCUCAGCUGGUGACCUGCUGCCUGUUUUGAAUUAGUUGCUUCCAAAAAAAAAAAAAAAAAGCAAGAAAAAGACCUGCUGCAAGAUAAAUCGUCAUCUUCCAGUUGCAGAGCGACUCUUUGGAAAGACUUACUAAGUGUACACUUUACUGUACGUUAUUUGCCCAGAAAUGACCGGCAAAGGGGUUAAGACACAAGAGUGAUGCAGAAACAUGAAAGGCCCAAACACCACCAGCUCACGUCUCAGAUGUGGCUCAUUUUGCACAGAAACACCAGUGCCUAACGCCGCCGUCUCUACUGUCCAAUCACUCUACCUCACUUUGCACAGCCCUGUUUUUAAACAAGCUCCUGAGGAAAUCAUUUCUGGGGAAUAAUCUGUCUCCUUUUCAUAAGCUGUAUCAGUAACACUUUAUUUUAAAGGUCAUGGUAGUUUCCUGUAAUUACCCAGAAAGAAAUGGACAGACUUUUUUAAGUCCCAAAUUAACAUACCCCUUUUCCAGGAAACUGGAAUAUUACUGUGAAAUGACAGAUCUGUAAAACAUAGUGCUACUGUUGUAUCUGCUCUUUGUGUACUGAUCUCCUAUGGUCGAAUGUGAACUUUUUCAUUUAUUUUUAUUUUUCUUCUUUGCAACUAUGGAAAAAAAAAAUGUAGCUUUCUUGGUGAUAGUUUUGCCUAGGCCUAUAUGAACGACCAAUGGAAAGGGGCGACCGAUAUAGCACCUGAUGUUAUAUUGGUGAAGGAGGUGAAGUAAAAGCUGGUGAUUCAAGGUGCUCAAAUGUAUUUGGAUUUUUCUAAUUGUAAUAUGCAUUUCUCUUAAAUUCUACUUGAUUAUUGAAUGUUAGGUUAGAUGACUGUGAGUGAAUGUUAUAUUAAAGGGAAGUUCGGAGGUUUACCAAAAUAAUAACUAUAUGUACCUGAUAAAGUAACGGCCUCCUGGUAUAUUAGCCUCAGGAAGCCACGUAUGAUUAGAAGCUGUUGCUUUUGCUGCCUGACGUUCCCGUGUCCUUGUUUAAGCUUAAAGAUUAUGCACAUAUUUGUAGACGUCCUGUUAAAUCACAUUGAGAUGCACUUUAGAAUUGCACAGGCAUUAUUAAUGCUCCUCCGACACUUUAUAUUUCUGUCUUGUGUAGUUAAUGCAAGUGUGAUGUGCUACUGUUUGAAUCAUAUUCUAGACCUGAGUAAUCUGCAGUAUGUAUGUACAAUGUGUUUUUACCUGUUUCAUGACUGGACCUCAUAGGUAAUGUUAUUGCUCUGAGCCAUAAACCAUGAAACAAGCUGA